UCCUUCCUCGCAGUUUCUCAGAGUUCCAUCGGCAUCUCGAUUGGAAGGAAUUGGGCCCGAGAGGCUGUGGCGCCGUGGCGGCGGAUAUGGAUUCGUCCUUCGCCGGUGAGGUUGCAACAGAGUUGAUUAAGGAGCUCAUGAAAGUGAUCAGAGGAACCUAUCUCUGCCGCCCGGCGGCUGAGCAGCUGAAGCGCUCCGUGGACUCACUGCUUCCCAUCGUUCAGGAGAUCCGCCACUCGGGUGUGGAGCUCCCGCAGCACCGUCAGUCUCAGCUAUCCGAGCUCGCUGACCGCCUCCGAUUCGCCCUCGACCUCGCCCGCAAGGCCGCCGCCUCCCCGCGCUGGAAUGUCUAUCGCUCUGUGCAGCUUGCUCGAAAGAUGGAGGGCAUCGAAAACUGGAUAUCCCGCUGGAUCGAGCGCCAUAUGCCCGUCCAUGUCCUCGCCGACGUUCACCACAUCCGUGUUGACUGCGCCGCCCGCCUAGACCGCAUCGAGCGGGCCCUCGAUAUGGCCGCUUCCUCCCCGGUGGCGGCCACCGCCUCGAAAGUCCCGGUGGCGUUCGGGAGUGCGCCGUUCUCGGGAUUCCCGAUGUCAGACAUGAUGGACCCGAUGGCGCCCGUUAAGACACCGUUUGCGAUGGGGAAUACUCUAUCAUCUGGUUUCCCGACGAUGGAAGGAUUUUUUCCCUCUCCGGCUCCUACGAAGGUUCCCGUGGCGAUGGGGAAACCACCAUCUUCAGGAUACCCGGUUGCGAAUAUCAUGGACGGGUUGAUGAUGGCUGGAGAAGGGGUGAAGCCUGUAGGGGUCGGAAUAAGGAUCGGAAAGGAGAAGGUGAAGGAGAUGCUGAUGGAGGGCAGUGAUAGAUCACCCGUUGUUGGAAUCUUCGGGAUCGGAGGGAGUGGCAAGACGACGCUCGCCAGAGAGAUAUGUAAAGAUCCAGAGAUUCGAAGUUACUUCAAGGAUAGAAUUUACUUCACCACCCUCUCGCAAUCUCCAAAUUUGGAGAGUUUAAAGUUGAAGCUGUGGGAACAAAUUAGUGGAAAUAUGGUUCUUGGUGCUUACAAUCAAAUUCCAAAGUGGCAGAUGGAGUUAGGGCAGAUAGAAAAAGGAUUCUCUCUCAUAGUAUUGGAUGAUGUGUGGUCCCUUUCUGAGCUUGAAGAACUUAUUUUCAGCCUUCGGGGAUGCAAGAUUCUUGUGGUUUCACGAUUCAACUUCCCUUCAAUUGUUAAGAACACUUAUGAGAUAGAAUUGCUGGGAGAAGAGGAUGCUUUGUCACUCUUCUGUCAUGCAGCUUUUGAGCAGAAAUCUGUACCAUUUAGUGUUGACAAGAAGUUGGUAAAGCAGGUUGUUGACAAGUGCAAAGGGCUUCCUCUGGCUCUAAAAGUAAUUGGUGCUUCUUUGCGAGAUCAACCUCCAAAAUUUUGGUUAAGAGCCAAAAAUAAGCUCACUCGAGGAGAAGCUAUAUGCGAGUCCCAUGAAAAUAAAUUGAUAGAACGAAUGGCAUCAUCCAUUGAAUUUCUGUCAGCUAAAGUGAGAGAAUGUUUCUUAGACCUCGGAUCUUUUCCAGAAGACAAGAGGAUCCCUUUAGAUGUGCUAAUUAACAUGUGGAUGGAGCUCCAUGAUCUUGAUGAAGAAGAUGCUUUUGCCAUUCUAGUGGAGCUUUCAAAUAAGAACCUUUUAACUCUGUGCAAGGAUGCACAGAACAGAGCUGGAGAUAUCUAUAGCAGUUACACAGAGCUUUCUGUUACUCAACAUGAUUUGUUGCGUGACCUAGCUCUUUAUGUGAACAAUCAGGAGCCUUCAAAUACUCGGCGGAGGUUAAUUAUGGCAAGGAGGGAAAAUGAACUUCCAAAGGAAUGGGAGAGAAAUAAGGAUCAUCAGUUUGAGGCGCAGAUUGUUUCCAUUAACACAGGUGAAAUGAAAGAAACUGAUUGGUUUCAGAUGCAUUUUCCCAAAGCCGAAGUUCUAAUUUUGAGUUUUUGUGCUGAUGUUUACUUCUUACCGCCAUUCCUCAGUACUAUGCCUAAGCUGAGGGCUCUGAUCUUGAUCAACUAUGGCACAUCAUGCACAUCACUCCAGAAUUGCUCUGUAUUCAAACCUUUAAGUAACUUGAGAAGCCUUUGGCUUGAGAAAAUAUCCGUCCCACCAUUGCCAAAGUCCACAGUUCGCUUGAACAACUUGAGAAAAGUAUCUCUUGUUCUAUGUGAACUAAAUGACAGCCUCAGAGGAUCUAAGGUGGAUCUUUCAUCGACGCUUCCUCGUCUAUCUCAUCUCACAAUAGAUCAUUGCAUCGAUGUCACCGAGCUUCCCUCUUGCAUCUGUGACAUCAACUCACUCGAGUGUCUAAGUAUCUCUAACUGUCAUGAUUUGUCUGAGCUGCCUUGUGAAUUUGGCAAGCUAAGUUCCCUAAAGAUUCUAAGAGUGUAUGCUUGCCCUUCUCUGAAGAGCUUACCUCUGUCUAUUUGCCGGAUGAAAGGUUUGAAGUAUCUUGACAUUUCUCAAUCCUUUAAUCUCCGAGAGUUGCCAGAAGAGCUUGGCUAUAUGACAAGCUUGGAGAAGAUUGAUAUGAGAGAAUGUUCUCAAUUGAAAACUCUACCUAGAUCCUCAUCAUUCUUGAAGUCACUUGGGCAUGUGAUUUGUGAUGAAGACAUUGCUUUGUUAUGGAAAGAGGCAGAAAGAGAUAUACCAGAUCUACGUGUCCAGGUAGCUGAAGAAAGUUUCAACUUGGACUGGUUGCUAGAGUAGUCCUAUUUGUUCACUUCUGUCUUGUGUCUGUUAACUGUAACUGGGACUUGUACAUAUGCAGCCAUUUUCCUGCAUUUUGAGGAAAGAAUCCCAGAGCAUCAUGAUAAACUCUGGCCAUCUUUAACACGCAACUAAUUGUGUUUUUUUGUUGCUUAAUCGAGAAAUUCUUUUCAAUAUUGUUUGUCA